AUGGCGUGGACUGAGCCACGGUCGCGUCCAGACCCGAAGUCAGAACCAAAACUGACACCUCACAAUCACAGGACUCAUACUUUGUCUUCCGCCAUCAUUCAAGUCCAACCUCCAGUUUUACCGCCUCUCCUAUUCCUGCUUGCUGCCUUUGCUUGCCUGGGUAUUGCUGGUCCGCCCCAGCCAGCUCGCCCCCCUCUCCUGUCUGGACAGCCUUUUAUCAUCUUCUGGGGCAUCCCUGACUCUUCCUGCCCGGCUCGGCCAGAUCCCAGAUCUUUUGGGAUGGAACGGGAGGGCCGUGUGGCAGUCUUUUAUGAGGACACACUGGGGAACUACCCUUAUUUUAUGGACAAAGACACACCGGUCAAUGGGGGGCUACCGCAGCACACACGGCUGGACAGCCACCUCCAGAAGACACAGCAGGACUUAGAAGCAGCUUUACCCGCCCCAAGGUACCUUGGAUUGGGGGUGCUGCGCUGGGCGGAGUGGGUCCCCCAGUGGUCAAGGAACCGAGAGAAGCAGACGAUGUAUUUAGAAGCAUCCAGAAAACUGAUGAAGACAUUCUUUCCUAACUGGACCCCAGAGGAGGUGGAGAAGUGGUCACAGGUGGACUUUGAGGCAGCAGCACAGUCAGUAAUGAUGGAGACUCUGCGGGAGGUCAAAAGGUUAAGGCCCAAAGCAUUAUGGGGUGUCUCCCCUUACCCCAGCUGCUACAGCGGCGAUCCUGCCCAAACCAUGUUAGCCAACUACACCGGCCAGUGCCCUGCUACAGAGCUGGCCCUUAACGACGAGCUUCUGUGGCUAUGGAAACGGUGCUCCGCCCUCUACCCGCUCCUCACCCUGGAGAAGCUGCAGAGCGGGGCCCCUGGAGCCAGGCUUUAUUUGUCCAGUCAAAUCAGAGAAGCACUACGAGUAUCAUCUGUGACUGGGUCUGCGUUUGAUCUUCCUGUGUUCCCACUAGUCAAGAGUUUCUACGCGUCGACUAACACUUUCCUGUCACAGGCAGACCUGGUUAGCACCAUAGGAGAGAGUGCUGCCAUGGGAACAGCCGGAAUUGUCAUCUGGGAGAGAAGUGAGACUAAAACGGAGAGAGAGUGUCAGGACCUGGCAGAGUUCGUCCGUAAAGUCCUGGGACCCUACUCCAUCAACGUAACCACGGCAACUCGACUCUGCUCAGCCUCUCUGUGCCAGGGAAAGGGCCGAUGCGUCCGUCAAAAUCCAGAAAGCUCUGCCUACCUCCACCUCCCACCCCCAUCCGAAGUGGUGGAGAAGGUGACAGAAAAGGCAGAGGCGGCAAAAACCACAGAUCAGCCGGACACAAACACCAAACCAGCUGAACCAGACCCAGCUGAGAUGUGGAAGACGGACUUCCAGUGCCAGUGGUACAAGACGGCAGACGGGGACGUCUCAGACCAGCAGUCCCCCAAAGACGGAGUCUCUGUUGGGGUUACAGUAAAAGAAAAUGUUGGAGAUGUAAUCGGGACUACAAUCACAUCUACCACCACUUCUACAACACAAGGUGCCUCUGUGACUGAGUUAAGAGGAACCAGUUCACCUGGUACCGCAAGUCAGACGCCUUUACUGGAAGUAUCUACAGACAGUGGGACGAACUCACUGAGUGCCCCAACCCUGACUGUUGUGCUGUUUCUGCUGGUUGGACGUCUAUACCUCCAACAUUAA